AUGGGGAGUGUUCGCACCCAUCGCUACAGCAUCGUGUCCUCGGAAGAGGACGGAAUGAAGCUGGCCACCAUCGCCACGCCUAACGGCUACGGCAACGGAAACGCCGGGGGCAGAUCGCACUCGCAGCAGACGACCAGGUUUGUCAACAAGGACGGGCACUGUAACGUGCAGUUUGUCAACAUGAGCGAGAAGGGCCAGCGUUACCUAGCCGAUAUCUUCACCACAUGCGUGGAUAUCCGCUGGCGCUGGAUGCUGGUGAUCUUUUGUCUCUCCUUCCUCCUUUCCUGGCUCUUCUUUGGCUUUGUCUUCUGGUUGGUGGCCCUGUCAAACGGCGACCUCGAGAGGGGGGAGCAAAUGUGUGUCUCGAAUGUGGACAGCUUCACGGCAGCGUUCCUCUUCUCAGUAGAGACGCAGACCACCAUCGGCUACGGCUACCGCUACGUGACCGAGGACUGCCCCGUCGCCGUCUUCAUGGUGGUCUUCCAGAGCAUCGUGGGCUGUAUCAUCGAUGCGUUCAUCAUCGGAGCAGUCAUGGCCAAGAUGGCCAAGCCCAAGAAGAGGAAUGAAACUUUGGUUUUCAGCCACUAUGCCACCAUUGCUAUGAGGGAUGGCAAGCUGUGUCUGAUGUGGCGGGUGGGGAACCUCCGUAAGAGUCACCUGGUGGAGGCCCACGUCCGGGCGCAGCUUCUCAAAUCUCGUACCACGGCCGAGGGAGAGUUCAUCCCUCUGGACCAAAUGGACAUUGACGUGGGCUUUGACACGGGAAUUGACCGCAUCUUCCUUGUCUCACCCAUCACCAUCGUCCAUGAGAUCGACGAGGACAGCCCUUUCUAUGACAUGAGCAAACAGGAGCUGGAGAGCUCAGAGUUUGAGAUUGUGGUUAUCCUGGAGGGCAUGGUUGAAGCAACGGCAAUGACCACCCAGUGCCGCAGCUCUUACCUGGCCAGUGAGAUCCUCUGGGGUCACCGGUUUGAGCCGGUUUUGUUUGAGGAGAAAAAUCACUACAAAGUGGACUACUCACGAUUCGACAACACUUAUGAGGUACCCAGCACCCCUCAGUGCAGUGCCAGGGACCUGGCAGAGAAGAAAUACAUUGUGUCCACCUCAAACUCAUUCUGUUAUGAGAACGAGGUGGCCCUCAUGGACAAGGAGGACACAGAGGAUGAUGAUGAUGAAGAUGAUGAAGAUGAAGGCAAAGUUGACAUGAACCUUGUGGAUGAGAGUGCGGUACUAGAGGACACAAAUACAGAUGCAGUCUCAGAUGCUGUAUCCAAUCAGGACACAGUACCACUAGAACCCAGACCUCUGAGGAGAGAGUCCGAAAUAUGA